UCACCAAGCAGUACGAUGGUAAUACACCAAUACCAGGCAGUACCAGUGGCCAACAACGGUAUAGUAGCAAGGAUCAAGCGGUAACAGGCUUACCGGAUGGUAUGGUAUGGUCGAGUAUGGUCGAAUGUUCGGGAGGUGACGUGGCCGCGUACUUCCACGUGGAGCAUCCAUCGUUCCUUCAAAUUCUCGCUGGGCGAUCUCAGACUCUUUUUCCUUGUCACCCAUAUUUUCGGCCAACUAGACGAUAUAGCUUGAAUACCCGUCUGCUUUCGUUCUUCAUACCCCGGUAUCAUGGAAGCUCCCUGGACAAAGUCUCCGGAAGAAAUACUUCAACAUUUUGGCGUGGACCCAGCCCGCGGUCUAACUUCUGCCCAAGCCGCUAAGCAUGCUGAGCUGUAUGGGAAGAAUGAGCUACCCGAAGAUCCUCCUACUCCUCUCUGGGAGCUAAUUCUAGAGCAAUUCAAAGAUCAGCUUGUCCUCAUCCUACUUGGAUCCGCUGUCGUUUCAUUCGUCCUUGCCAUCUUCGAGGAUACCGAAGGCGGUCUUUCCGGCACUGCGUUCGUGGAGCCACUAGUCAUAUUUCUCAUUUUAGCGGCCAAUGCGACUGUUGGCGUCAUCCAGGAAACGAAUGCCGAAAGAGCAAUAGACGCUUUGAAAGAAUACUCGCCGGAUGAAGCCAAGGUCAUAAGGUCCAGCCAGCUUGCGCGAAUUCAUGCCUCAGAACUUGUUCCUGGUGAUAUCAUAUCCAUAUCUGUGGGAGAUAAGAUACCAGCAGACUGCCGAUUAAUCUCCGUAUCAUCGAGUAGCUUCAGGCUCGACCAAGCUAUUUUAACGGGAGAAAGUAUAAGUGUCAACAAGUCUGUUGAUGUCGUUGCCGAUGCUAGAGCUGUCAAGCAGGACAUGAUUAAUAUCUUGUUCUCUGGAACAACCGUGGUUAACGGGAACGCGAAAGCAAUCGUUGUUUUUACCGGAGAACAUACUGCCAUUGGUGAUAUUCACAAAUCCAUCAUAUCGCAGAUUUCAGACAAGACGCCUUUGAAGCGCAAGCUCGACGAUUUCGGAGACACCCUGGCUAAAGUCAUCACCGUCAUAUGCAUUCUUGUUUGGAUAGUCAAUAUACGCCAUUUCUGGGACCCUUCACAUCAAGGUGCUCUACGCGGUGCCAUAUACUACUUCAAAAUUGCAGUGGCCUUGGCUGUCGCCGCAAUUCCAGAGGGUCUUGCUGCUGUCAUCACUGCAUGCCUAGCACUCGGCACCAAGAAAAUGGCCCAGAAUAACGCUAUCGUCCGUAACUUGCCCAGUGUCGAAACUCUAGGAUGUACAAACGUCAUCUGCUCUGACAAGACAGGGACAUUGACCACGAAUCAAAUGAGUGUUUCGAAUUUCGUCAUUGUUGAUGAAUCAGGCCGUCCCCGUGAAUUCGUCGUUGAAGGCACCACCUUCUCGCCCUACGGAUCGGUAACGUCUGUGGAUGGCAAAGGAGAUCCAGCAGAAUCGUCAUCAGACACUCUACAAAGAUUGGCUGAGAUCAGUUCUAUAUGCAAUGACUCUAAGAUCGUCUACCAUUCUGAUAAGGACACGUACACCAAUGUUGGUGAACCAACCGAGGCCGCAUUGAAAGUCCUUGUCGAAAAGAUCGGCUGCAUUGACGCCGAAGUCAAGAAAUCGUUGUCCUCGUUGUCACCCUCUGACCGGACCAGCGCCGUUAAUGAGUACUUCGAAAGGGCUAUUCCUCGGCUCCUCACCUUCGAAUUCUCUCGGGACCGUAAGAUGAUGUCGGUGUUGGUGAAACUAGAACAGGGAGGCGCCCUUUUUGUCAAAGGGGCCCCCGAAUCUAUCCUGGAACGAUCCACCUCGAUCCAGGUCAAUGGGAAAACAAUACCUAUGACGCCUGAGCUUCGGGAGGCACUAUUGGAACGGACUCUCACGUAUGGAUCCAAAGGCCUUCGGACACUCGCCAUGGCAUACACCAAAGUUGAAGAUGUCGACUCUGCUCAUUACCUGUCUGAAAGUUCCAAGGACUAUUCCCGAUUUGAACAGAACCUAGUGUUCGUUUCUCUUGUAGGCAUGCUUGACCCUCCGCGCCCUGAAGUGAAGGGCGCAGUGGCCAAUUGCAAAGCCGCUGGCAUUCGUGUUGUUUGUAUAACCGGCGACAACAAAGGAACAGCCGAGACUAUUUGCAGGCAAAUAGGAAUCUUCGACGAGGACGAAGAUUUGACUGGCAAGAGCUACACGGGACGGGAGUUGGACCAGCUUACGCAAGAGGAGAAAAUUGUUGCUGUCCAAAGAGCCAGUCUGUUCUCGCGUACGGAACCUGGCCAUAAGAGUCAGCUUGUAGAUUUACUACAAGGUCUCGGACUUGUUGUGGCCAUGACCGGUGACGGCGUUAAUGAUGCACCUGCACUGAAGAAAGCUGACAUAGGUGUCGCAAUGGGAAGUGGUACAGACGUCGCAAAACUAGCUGCUGAUAUGGUUCUGGCCGAUUCGAAUUUCGCGACCAUAGAGAAGGCCGUCGAAGAGGGUAGGCUUAUUUAUAAUAAUACUAAACAGUUUAUACGUUACCUCAUAUCCUCUAACAUUGGCGAGGUUGUUAGCAUAUUCUUAACCGUUCUUCUUGGCAUGCCUGAAGCUCUAAUUCCCGUCCAACUAUUGUGGGUCAAUCUCGUAACGGACAGCUUACCGGCGACCGCAUUGGGAUUCAAUCCCGCAGAUCACUCCAUUAUGAGGGUGCCCCCUAGAAACAGUCGUGAGCCGCUUGUCGGCAAAUGGCUCUUCAUCAGAUAUAUGGUCAUCGGAAUGUAUGUCGGUUGUGCAACCGUCUUUGGAUACGCUUGGUGGUUCAUGUUCUAUACCAAUGGACCGCAGAUAUCAUUUUACGAAUUGACGCACUUCCAUCAGUGUUCGGUACUUUUCCCAGACAUCGGAUGUGAAAUGUUCUCAAAUGAGAUGGCCAAGCGAGCAACUACCAUCAGUUUGUCCAUCUUGGUAGUCGUGGAGAUGUUUAACGCCAUGAACUCUUUGUCGGAGAACGAAAGUUUGCUAAGGCUUCCGGUGUGGAAAAAUCCGUUCCUCGUGGCGGCAAUCACUCUGAGCAUGGGACUACACUUCAUGAUUCUCUAUGUACCAUUCUUUACGACAUUGUUCGCCAUCACUCCGUUGAACUGGGAUGAAUGGAAAGCCGUCAUAUACAUUAGCGCUCCUGUGAUACUGAUUGACGAAGUGCUGAAAUUGGUUUCGACGAUGUAUAUUGACCCCCCUUCGAGGGCAAAAAUAGAAUAGAGUGUUGCACGACAUAAAGUAGUCCUGAUAAUUGCUGUAUCUGAUUGAAACGCACGAGGUGUAAGGAAGAUUGAUGUGGCGAUCUUGUAUGUGUAUGCACAUAUUUGGUAC